UUUAACACCUUUUAAGUCAUUUCUACCUGAUUUGUCAAAUGAAUCAUCCACGCUUUCAAACGUCAUUAAAAAAGUCUCAUCAAAAUUUCAAGUUACGCAACAAAAAUGAUCGUUCAAACUCUAUCACCAUCAAUCAAGUCACUCUUGCUGAGCCAGAAAGGCCGGUUCGGGCAAAUACUACAAAACAUCCUAAGAAAAUUCAGUACCUCAAAAAAACAGUCGGAGAAAGAUACAUAUAAGCAAUGUACUAUCACAGACAAUAUGGUGGAUCCUUGCAGACCGGAACCAGCUGUGGUGAUUAUUGGAGCUGGAAUAGCAGGAUUGAGUGUUGCGCAACGAUUGGCUCAGUGUGGACUCAGUAAAUUUACUGUCUUAGAGGCUACUGAAAGACCAGGAGGACGAAUUCAUUCAUGUUGGUUAGGAGAUGUAGUCGCUGAAAUGGGUUGUCAAUGGAUCCACGGAGCCUGCAUCAGCAAUCCUGUAUACACUUUGGCAGCCCAGGAAGGACUGCUUAAGCCACCCGUAAAAAGAAUAGAUAAUUCAAAAGGGUUAUAUUUGACCAGCGAUGGAAGGGCCAUUGACCACGGUACCGCCAUGAUGGCCUACCACGUAUUCGGUCAAAUCAAACGGGAGGCGGGCAAUUUGUUUACCAUGGGAUGUGGAAAGGAACACGGCUCUUUAUUGAACUUUAUAAGCUUAAGAAUCCAACAAGAAUUGCAAAAAUUCCCGGAGGAGCAGAGAUACGAAGUUUCUCGUAUCUUAUAUGGAUUAACUCAACGAAUGCGAUAUCACGCAGGCGAUGACCUGACAAAAGUCAGUGCGGAUAAUUAUGGAAGUUUUAUCCCGUUGCCAGGGGGUAGUGUGCAGAUACCUUUGGGAUUUGUUGGUGUCCUCUCGCCUCUACUUAAAGAACUUCCAGAGUGCAGCGUGAAAUUUGGUAAGCCGGUGGGUUUGAUCAGGUGGGGCGCAGUACAAGGGCGUAAAAAGGGCGGCCCAAGGGCGGUAGUUCAAUGUUGCGAUGGUGAAGAAUACUGUGCCGAUUAUGUAGUACUAACAGUAUCCUUGGGGGUACUCAAAGAGCAUGCGGAAAAGAUGUUUUGCCCCGCUUUGCCCGCCAAUAAAAUGGAGGCCAUUAAUUGCUUGGGCUAUGGUAACAUUGAUAAGAUCUUUUUGGACUAUGAGAAACCUUUUUGGGUGUGGUCUGAGGGAGGAAUUAAGUUUGCUUGGUCCCCAGAUGAGCUCUCUCAUCGAACUGACUGGACUAAAGGCUUAGUUUCAAUUGAAGAGGUAGAAGGAAGCAAACAUGUUUUAUGUGCCUUUAUAUGCGGGCCAGAGUCAAUUGUUAUGGAACAUGCCAGUGAUGAAGAAGUAGCAGAAGGUAUUACGAGAGUGUUGCGACAGUUUACCGGAGAUGCUUCCUUGCCUUAUCCCUCUACUAUUUUACGUUCAAAAUGGGCCUCAGAUCCAUACUUUUGUGGGUCUUAUUCAUACAUGAAUUUGAACUCUAAUGUGGGUCACCAGUGUGACUUGAGCUGUCCAGUGCCGGGCUCUUGUGAUCCUGUUCCGCCGAUUUUGAUGUUUGCUGGAGAAGCAACCUGUGCUGGUUACCACUCAACGGUUCACGGAUCAAGAAUUAGCGGAAUUAGGGAGGCCGAAAGAAUCGUUCAGUUAACAAAGAAAUUUGGAGGCCCACCUCCCAAAUAAACUGCCACCAGUGGAGUUUUAUAUUCUGACAUCACUCUACAGUCCAAGGAGCCAGACUCAGCGGAAUCAGAGAAGCAGAGAGAAUUUUACAACUUACAAAGAAAUAUGGCGGACCACCACCUACUGUAUAAUAAAAAACAGACAUUUACUUGCCUCCACACACAUCUAUAUAAUUUAUUAUUUAUUACAUAUUGUAUAAGUACGUUAUAAUCAAAAAAAAUAAUUAUAAAUAUGUCUUUUUUGUGCAGUAUUAAACAAUAAUAAAAAUAUAAACCAAG